AUGAAUGAAUCAAAUAUCUUAUAUCAUCGUCCAUUAUAUCCACGUAUGGGUGUACAACAUAUACAUAAAGAAUUUAUUAAAUUAGGAACAAAAUUUGAAAAUGAGAAUUCAACUAUCAUAAUGAAAAAUUAUAAUUCUAAUAAAUUUUUAAAAAAAAAUUCUAUAUCACUAAUUGAACAACAAAAAAAAGAGAAUAAUAAAUUACAAGAGAAAUUGAAAACAAUGAAAAAUGGACAAAUAUUACUGAACACAAUUAUGCCAACUACAAGACAACCAAUUAAAGCAAAGCAUAUAUUACGCAAUCAAGAUAUAUCUGAGUUAAAUACGUCCAUGAGAAAUGAACAGAAUCCUUGUAAUAGUUCAAUUACUGAUGAUGUUGUACAUAGUAGUUCGAUUGCAUCAUCACCAACUGAUUUAUGUUCUCGUCAAACAAUAAAAAUAUGUCCUAAUCCAGAUAUACAAAGAAGAGUUAGUACAGAUGGUGUUUCAUUGACAAAAUCACCAAGAUUCACAGAUUUAAGUUGGAGUAAUGAUAAAUCCACACCAGCAAAGCGACAGAAUAUAGAGCAUUCCUGUAUACCACCGGAUGUGGAUCUAUCGAAUAGAAACGACCAAUUGUCAGAACAUUCACUAAAUUUUUCAAUCAAUCAAGUCCCCACAAGUGAUUAUGCGUCAAUGAAUUCUCUCAACACCAAUUCUUGUUUAUCAUCAUCACAAUCUAGUUUGAAAAAACAAACUGUUUCUUUAAAAAGACGUAGCCGAUGGAGUAUUGAUAUAACAAAACGAUCUACACGUCGUAGUAGUACUGGAAGUUUAAAAGUAAAACAAUUGGAUAUUGAACAAAACAACAAGAAUUUAAAUGUAAAAGAUACAAUUCUAGAGUCAAAAUUAGAACGUUCUGAUCUAUUUAAAGUGAUUAGACGAUCAGCACGUCGAACAUUAAGUAGUUUAUGUAAUGUAUUACGAUAUUCUAAUCCAAAUUUGGCAACUGCCUUAAAUAAUUCAAAUAUAAAUGACCAUUAUACAAGUUCUGAUCCUGUUCAAUUUGAUGAACACCGUAUUGAUACUUCUUUAUCCACACAAUCAGUUGAAGUAAAUGAUCUAGUAAAAGAAAACAUUCAUAACAGUCUUAAUUCACAGAAUAACACUGUUUUAUCCCGAUUUGUAACAUUGACAAGACCUGAUUUAGAUGAACCAUUCGGUUUGUUCGUGAUCAAAUCUGAAAAAGGUUAUCGUAUUACUCGUUUAUCAGAACGAUUCAUUCAAAAUAAUCCAACGAAUCAAAUAUCUAUUGGUGAUGAAAUUAUUCAAGUAAAUAAAAUUGAUUCAAUUAAAUUUACUAUUCAUGAAUUACAAGAAUUAUUUCAAAAAAGUCAAACACUUUUAUUGACAAUUAUUCAUCCAUUACAUUAA